UUGCCUUCACUUCCAAAGGUGUAUGUUUGAGGCUCGCCUACCGUACACCCCUACAUGCCUGGUCCGAUCCAAACAACAUGCAUCCGGGGACCCCUGGGGAGAAUCUGACUACAGUCGUACGGUGCGGAACGAUGGCCGUCUUUGCCCAUGCACCUCCCUCGACUACCGGCACUUCUAAGCUUCCGAUGAUGCACCUCUACUGUCUCUUUGACUGGAUCGCAACUAUCAGUCGCAGCGAGCGCAAGAUCUAGUUGCUUACUCACAGUAGCCAAUGAGAGCCAAUCACUGGAUCAAGAACUCCCUUCUAGCUCCUUCCAAUGUGUGUGACGGUGGGAUCUGGCAAUCUAGCUACUAGUAGCCAGCCCUUACUUCUCGUUGCAGCGGCUCUGACACAACAGCGCAAACGCUGGCCAGGCAACGGCAGAUGGGAGAUGGGAGUGAUGCAAUCGGGAGCAUUUCUAACCGUUGCCUUUUUCCUCAUCUUUGCGAAAGAAGCUAAAAAAAUGAAGAUGACGUGUGCAGAUGCCUGCUCGAUCAAAUCCGAUCGAUUAGACAAUAUCCAGCAACAACAGUUUUCUGUGUGCCAAUAGGAGUCUCACAACAAGAAGAGGAAAGAUGAGGCAAGAUAGGUCUGCUGUAGCUAGCUAGGAUGUCGACGCAAGGCACAAUUGCAUCCUUUCUCGCUACUCCACCCUCCAACAAGCACGGGCUUACCACAUACAACAGGAGCUAGCUAGAGCAACACGUUAUAUCUGUUCAACUAACUAAGAGCUGUCGAGAAUGAGAUUUGCAAGGCCGUUGGUUGUGUCUCUUGUGUGGUUGCCUACUCUGGUGUUGGGCCUGAGAGGAAGUCAAUUGCAAAAGAAGAAGUCCAUCGAAGAAGAUGAACCUCGAAAACAAGAAGAAGACCUGCUUUUGGAAGAUGCGGAACCAUUCGAACGCACCCUCAAGGAAAUACGAAAUGAGGGAGCUGACUGUGUGGAGUACGACACGGUUCCAUCGUUCAUUAUUGACCAUCCAUUAACGUCUCAAUUCUGCGGUUCCUUCGAAAGCUGUAGCGGCUGUUGCCGCACGUACAGCUGGUUGUUCUGUGAUCCUCACAACGCCUUUCCAGAGAUUCCCUGUGUCUGUGAGAACAGUUGGCUAAACAGUGCUCAGGGAGAUGAGGACGCGGACGAGGACGACACUGAUGGCAAGGAACCGCUUCAAGUUCUUCUACCCACACCCACGAUGCCACCAACGGCUGCGGAGACAAACGUUUCCUUCAUCCUGGCUGUGGGGGGUGAUAAUGCCGUCGUGAGUUCCAAUGCUACAAAUUCCACAAGCAAUAACGCUACAGACAUUGUAUCCAUGGGAAAUGAAGGGUACUUUACCAUUGACCUAGUAGAGAACUCCAAUAUCACUACCAUGAAUGCCACAAACGCAACCAAUCUCACAGACAGCAGCACCCUGGCAACAACAACAACCACGAGUGCACCAUCCUCAGCCGCAACUACCAUUCCCGCUUCCGCCGCACCCAUUCCCACCCCUCUACCUGCUGGUGCCAUCUCGCCCGAUGCGUGCAGUGCAGGGUCGGCCAUGGUAGAUACCCUGGGUUUUGAUAGCUUUUUCGAAUGCAAAACAUCGUUGGAUUGUGCCAAUCUCGUCCCGGUGGGACGAUCCGGCAUUGCGGAUGAGAACGGAGUUGCCGCUCGCAAGAAGAAUCGAGAAGACGACGAAGAAGAAGAGGACGAGGAGGAUUUCACGGAUAGCCUGGAAGGCGAUGGUAGCGAGCAACUCAUACUGAAUGCGGAAGCAGCUCCUGUUCAGACAUUUUGUUGCUUGGCCAGCAUGUGUCUCUGUGGAGUCCCGCUGGGAGAUUGGACUGGCAAGUGCGUUCCGCCCUACCUGGAUCCAGCAAGCGCAACCACAGACGCUCCAUUGGUUGCGGUGACGGACGCACCAUCCAAUGUUGUGGCAACAGAGCCGCCAUCGAAUCAUCCCUCGUUGAGACCAUCCGCAAUGCCAUCAGCCUUGGCUCCCGUAACACCCGAUCCAACCACCAGCGAACCAACAGCAGAGCCGACUACGUUGCCCCCGGUUCCUGCUACUUUGCCUCCCGUUCCUGCUACGUUGCCCCCGGUUCCCGCCACUUUACCGCCAGUAGUCCCUGCUACUUUGCCACCCGUGCCUGCUACUUUGCCCCCGAUUCCUGCUACUUUGCCCCCCGUUCUUGGAACUCAAGUCCCCGCAAGUAAUGUCUCGUCCAUCCCCACGAGCAAUGUCUCAUCCACGGCAGCUCCGGUGCCACUUCCAGCAGCCACCGUAUCGCCCACGUUUCUUCAAGUUGCCGAACCUGCUACUACUUUGCCGCCAGUAUCGGUAGAAGCCAGUCUGGAAGCACCGCACGCACCAACGCAAGCACCCACGCCGCAACCAACGGCGACAACAGCAUGCAGCGAUGGGAGCUGGUAUCAUGACGAUCCCAACUUUUCCAACGAUGAACUUUACAGACCGUGCGUCUCAUCCAGUGACUGCGAUGAUACCAAAAAUGAAUGUUGCUUGUUAGACUUUUGCUUUUGUGGACGCGUUCCUAGUGGCGACAAGAGCAUGUGUGUGUGAGAACAUACAUACAGGAACUGCGAGUUUCGAUGGAUGAUACUUCCACCGGCACUUUCUUGUUGCCCAUUCAUGUUAGGAAGAGGAAGGCAACGACAAUGAUUCGGACAGCAGAAGACUGCUGUUCUACGAUACUGUGUGUUUCGAUGGUCCUCCUGUGUGGAAUAGGAUUUAUGCCCGAUGUCUGGGGUUUGUGUACAUGAUGAUUGAUUGAGAAUAGAGUUUGACAAGGGCGUUGUGCAAUAGGCUACAGCUAGAGAUGAUGAGGCGAUGAUGAUCCCAGCGGAAGGUCUACAAUACUGAAAAGAAUGCAACUGGCUACAAAAGUAGUCUGGUAACAGCUGUUUUAGAGAAAGAUUACCUCACGUAGC